AUGUCUGAAAAAGAAAUUCUCGUCCAGGCAAUCCCUCCCUCCGACGCCCAGGAUGCGGAAAAAUCGCAGCAGUUUACAAUCCACGAGCACUCGACCGGCUUCUGGCAGGCCCUUCGUUUAAACUGGCCGGCCUUCCUUUGGGGCCUGUUUAUCAAUUUUGCAACUAUUCUCAAAGGCAUUGACGGAGGUGUCGUACGCGGUCUCGUCGGCCUCGACGCUUUCAAACACACAUACGGCUAUAACUAUAAUGGCGAGUAUGUCAUCGCUGCGCAUUGGAUCUCGGCCUUUAACUAUGCCAAUCUUCUCGGGGCCAUUGUUGGCGCGCUAUGUUCCGGCCCGGCUUAUGACCGGUUCGGUCCGCGGCUGAUGAUGACGAUCUGCUCAUGUCUGUCAAUCGCUUUUAUUUUCCUGCAGUUCUUCAGUCACACGCCGGCACAACUAUUCGUCGGCCAAUUGAUCAAUGGCUGCAUCAUCGCAUUUUAUCCCAUUUGCGCAUCGGCGUAUGUCAGUGAAGUCACGCCGUUGGCGCUGCGCGGAUGCGUAGCUUCCAUGACAAACCUAGCGUUUUCGAUUGGUUCGCUCAUCGCAUCUGGUAUCCUCAAAGGCACUGAGUCAAUAGACACCAUAUGGUCGUACAAAAUCCCCAUCGCAACGCAAUGGAUCAUGCCCGUCGUCAUCCUCUCGUCUGUCGCCUUCUGUCCAGAUCCGCCAUACUGGCUCUGCCGGAAAGGCAAGACAGAUGCUGCCCUACGCUCUCUGCGCAGACUAGCCACGCCGCAAAUCGACGUUAGUCUCAAAUUAGCACAUAUCCAAGAAACUCUCCGCCUAGAAGCAAGUUUCAAAAACCACUCCAAUCGACCGAACUACCUGGAAUGUUUCCGCGGGCCUGAUCUCCGUCGACUGAUUAUUUGCGUCAUGGCAUACGACAUGCAGGCUUUCGCCGGUAACGUCUUCUUCAUCAGCUAUGCCGUGCAGUUCAUGGAAGUCGCCGGGUUGAGCUCAUCGGAUGCGUUCUCUAUGAACCUCGGCAUGACUGCAAUCGGCCUCGUGGGAACUUGCGUCUCAUGGACGCUUCUGUCAUGGGUUGGUCGACGACCUGUGUAUCUCGUCGGGUGCACUGUUCUUUGCGCGCUGCAGCUCUCAAUCGGUCUAGUAGACGCUAUCGCACCGCAAGAUGACAGCGGCAAUGAAGGUGCUACCUGGGCACAGUGCGGUCUGAUGAUCGUUUGCACGUUAGUGUAUGACUUGACUCUGGGGCCUUUCUGCUACGUACUGCUGGCGGAGGUGUCAUCUGCAAGGCUGCGCGGGGCAACUGUUGCUCUGUCGACGGUCAGCUGCUUCGUCUGGUCGAUUGUGUUCGCUGUGGCUAUUCCGUAUGCUAUGGAUAAAGACGAGGCGAACUGGGGCGGAAAGUUAGGGUUUCUGUUUGCGGGAACGACGCUAUUGUGUCUGGUAUAUUGCUUCUUUUGCUUACCGGAAACGAAAGGACGGACAUUUGAGGAGCUGGAUAUCCUGUUUGAAAGGAAGGUGCCGAGUCGGAAGUUCAAGAAUUACCAGAUUGAUAUGGCUAUUGAGCGGGAGAGCACUACUAGUUCAGAGUCAUAA